AUGUGGUGCAGACCCCAUGAGUCGGUACUCGACAGUACAUCUCCUGUCAACGCUGCACUCGCAGUGACAGCAACCCUUUCUGCCUGUCCUUUCAGCUUCCUCGACGUCAUCCCACAUCAUCUCGAUGUCCUCGAUGCCCACAGGCGCGGUCUAGACCACGAUACACAGGCACAGCGGUCCCUUGUCGUGGAAAACAAGAUUCCAUCCCCAGCUUUCGGCAUCACCCAGCCCAUCCCGGGUCCACUGACGCAAGUGCACAGAGGCCAUGGGUUCAUCGGCCGCGAGCUGUCGGAGUAA